AUGGCACUUCGUCAUUUCCUCUCGUCGCUCGCUCUGGCAGCGAGCUUGGCUAGCACCCAGGCUCAGCUCACCACUAGCUACACGGAUGAGGCUACGGGCAUCACCUUCCAGCAGAAGAGCGUCGCCAACUACUCGUUCGGCAUUGCCCUCCCUGUGAAUCCCACCACAGACUUCAUCGGACAGCUCUCUGCAAACACCUUGACAGGAUGGGCUGGUGUCUCGUUCACGGGAUCUAUGUUGAACUCCCUGCUCCUCGUAGCUUGGCCCAACAACGGAGACAUAGUUUCAUCUUUGCGAUCAGCAACGAACUACGCCCUUCCCACUAUCGUGGAUGGUCCGAUCCUCCAGACAAUCGCCUCCAGCACCAAUGAGACCGGCUUCAGCUAUACUUUUCUUUGCAAGAACUGCAUGUCCACAGACGCCACGGUGAAGUCGCUCAACGUCUCAGCCGACACGAGUAUCUUUGGGUGGGCUAUCGCCACCACCUCUGGUCCCUCGGCCCCGUCCAGCCCCAGCUCUUCUAUUGAGCAACACGACACCUUUGGUCUCUAUGCGGUCGACAUUGCUAAUGCAAAGUCUGCUAAGUUUGCGUCGUGGGCUGCGCUAGCUAGCAAUGUUACAGCGCCUUCCAACCCGAGCAAUGGAACGCUGCCGACCAACGGCACGACGCCCUACAAUGGUACGGUGACAACCCACAACACGACGUACGACUAUAUCGUGGUCGGAGGCGGGGCUAGUGGCAUCGUUACUGCUCAGCGUCUCACCGAGACGGGCAAGUCAGUGCUCCUGCUUGAGCGUGGCGGCCCAUCCUUCUACUCUACCGGUGGUACUCUGACAGUGCCCUGGAACGACACCACUACAGUCUACGAGGUUCCAGGAAUGUUUAUGCAACUGUCUGCUUACCCUGGUAACAAGGGUUACUGCUCUGACACCGCUGGAAUGGCUGGGUGCAUCCUGGGCGGAGGCACAGCCGUGAACGGUAUGGCCUUCAUCAAGCCUCCAAGCUUUGAUUUCGAGAACUGGCCUGUAGGCUGGCGGUGGUCUGACGGAGUCUCCGAAGCUGCCGACCGUCUCUAUGCACGGAACCCGGGUACUAUUGAGCCUUCCUCAGAUGGCAAGUACUACGACAAUGCCGUCUACGAUGUUCUCUCCAAAUUCCUCGCUAGGGCUGGGUGGAAGUCGGUCUCCACCAACGAGGAGCCUGAUGAGAAAUUCCAGAUCUACUCAUACCCAGCCAUGAACAUCGCCAAUGGCCGUCGCUCCGGCCCCGUCAACCAAUACCUUCCACUGGCGCUGUCUGAACCCAACUUCACGCUGAAGCUCCACACCAAGGUUCUCCGUGCCAUUCGCACAAACUCUACUAUCACUGGGGUCGAGACUGAGACUGACUCCGGUGCUCGCACUAUCUUCAACGUCAAACCGAAUGGCAAGGUCAUUCUUGCUGCUGGCUCGAUGUCCUCGCCGCGCAUUCUAUUUAACUCUGGUAUCGGUCCCGCUGACCAGAUUGAAGUUGCCUCCAAGCAGACCAAGUCCAUCACCCUUCCCCCCAAGGAAGCCUGGAUCAACUCCCCAGUCGGCUUUGUCCGCGACCACUCCAUCAUCGGCAUUAACUUCAACGUCACUGCCGGCAUGAAUAUCCUGCCAGCCACCGCUUUCAGCAAUCCAGGCCAGACCGACAUCGACUUCUUCGCUCAGGCAGCCGGCCCUCUUGUCGGCAACCCACAGAUGCGCCUCAACACAUUCACAACCAUAACCACCAGCGACGGCAGCAAACUCGUCGUCCAGACGCACUGCUACUCCACAGCCAACAACACCAUUUCUAUGAUGUUUUUACUUACGCACGGCACGCAAUCCACAGGCCGUCUCACCAUGACCACCGACGGCAACACCGUCUUCAGCGAAAGUCCCUAUCUCCAAUCUCCCACCGACAAGGAAGCGCUUGCCCUCGCCAUCGACGAGAUGCUGACCCUCUCCCGCCGCGCCAACAGCACCCUUUCAUACGCCGGCCCAGUUAACGACACGGGCACCGCCAUCGUAGCGCGCACCUCACCCUCGCCAGGCACCCACAUGACCGGCACGACCAUCAUCGGCACAGACGACGGGUCGAAGAACGGCACUGCGGUU